AUGCAACUGGCCAGCAUUGAACAAGGUCUAGCGGACCUCAAAUCGGGAAAAUUCCUCAUUGUCGUGGACGAUGAGGAUCGUGAAAACGAAGGCGACCUCGUGAUGCCCGCAGAGUGCGUCACUCCUGAUGCCGUCAAUUUUAUGGUGACCCACGCCCGCGGCCAGGUUUGUAUGCCCAUGACGUCAGAACGUCUUCAAGAGUUGGACAUACCGAUGCUGCCCAGCGUCAACUCCGACUCUGCCAUGCCAACUGCGUUCACCAUGCCGGUGGACUAUGUGGUGGACACCACCACCGGGAUUUCGGCGCAAGACCGCGCUGCCACCAUCCGCGCGCUCAUUGAUCCAGCGGCGCGCCCGCAAGACUUCAUCCAGCCGGGGCACCUUUUCCCAUUGCGCUAUCACACUGGCGGCGUGCUGGUGCGGCCGGGGCACACCGAGGCAAUCAUAGACCUGUGUCGGUUGGCGGGGAUGUAUCCGGCCGGGGUCGUGUGCGAAAUUAUGAAAGAUGACGGCACCAUGGCGCGUUUGCCGGAUUUGCUGAUGUUAGCGAAGAAACAUUCGCUCAACAUCCUGUCGAUUGCGGACCUGAUACUCCACCGGCGCCAACAUGAUCCUGAAGCCAGAGAAGAUGGCUAA